AUGAACAUGUCCCUCUUAUCCGCUUUGGCCGAGCGAUGGCACCCUGAGACCUAUACCUUUCAGUUGCCUUUUGAGGAGUGGGGCAUCACUCCUUACAACAUAUACAUGACGCUGGGUCUUCGAUAUGACUGCGGAUCUGUUCCUUUCAAGGAGGAUCUACCAGUACCUUCUGAGGAUGAUUGGAUGGAGUUGCUAGGGAUGAUGCCGGAUGCCACAGAUUUCUCCGGUCAUCGAUUCAAGCUGCUUUGGCUAUCCUCAAACUUUUCCAGGCGCGUCCCUGAAACCGAGACUGUGGCCAUGGUGAAAGCCCGUGCUCUGAUUUUAUACACCAUGGGAGCGAUGAUCUUAUACCACGGGAAUGAGUUAGUGAGUUCCCGUCUGUUAUCGCUCGUGGCUAAUAUCACCUUUCCCAUGCCGUACAAUUGGAAUGCAGCCCUCCUUGCCCAUUUGUAUGAAGGGCUGGACAAAGCUAACCGCUCCAUCAGCCGAUCUUUAACUGGUUUCUAUUCGGUCAUCGAGGUUUGCUUUUUUGAUCAUUUUCCCCAUCUAGCACCCACUUUGAUCGACCAUUCGCAUCCCUUUCCUCGCAUGAUGCUGUGGUACAAGGAUAACCGCAGCCGUACACGCAUGUUUUCUGAUCUCGCUUGGAGGUCAAACAUAGAUGCCCUCGUUCCAAUGAUGCGAGUGGUUGUUUUGCACUGUAUUGCCCAUGCGCUACUUUCUGCUUAUCUUUUCGCCCUUGACUUUGCUCUUUUCUUACAGUUUCGGACCAUGCCGUAUCUCCGAUCGAAUGUGGCUCUUACUCCUCGGGCUAAGGAGGUUUUUCAGGCCUCAUGA